AUGAGGAAGGCCCAGCGCCGCAGAGGGAAGUCGCAGAUCUCAGGCAUGCUACAACGCAAGGGAAAUCCACAAGGCGGUAGCCAUGGAGCAUGUUGGUCGGAUUCCGAUGGUCCACGAUCAAAAUUUAUCAAGUAUGACGCUGAAAGUGUCGAGGAUUUCAACAAAGACGGACUGAAAUUCUUUGAAUCGGUGUUUAAAGUCCGCAGAUCUGUCGUGUCCCUUGCCUGUACUGCUGAUGGAAUGCAUAUGGUUUGCUCAGGGACUGUCGUUGAUCAUGUGUACGAGAAAACAUGGAUACUUACCUCUGCUUCUUUAGUUAGAAAACCUGGCACUCUGUUUGAAGCAUAUGAACCUUGGGAUGUUAAGAUUCAAGUGGCUCUGCACAAUAAACAAAUUGUUGAAGGGUCCCUAGAAAUGUGCAAUUUGCAUUAUAAUAUUGCCAUUGUGACUAUCGAGUCUCCAGGGUCUCGGAUAAAUCUUCCUGCGGUAGAACUCAGUGACCUCCCUGAAUGUUAUUCCUUGCAGCCUAGGCCUGUAGUUGCUCUAGGUCGGGACAUGUACUCAAAAGAUUUUCAGAUGAGAUGUGGGGAGCUGGUCAGAAGGAACAGCGAGUUAGACUGCACUGAGCUCCUGACCUGUACAUGUGAUGUCAGUGAGAAUUUCAUUGGUGGGCCUGUCAUGGAUUCUGAAAGAAGAUUUCUCGGCAUCACUUUUCGUUACCGGGAAACUACUCCGUUUUUGCCGGUUGAGAUUGCAGCAAGAUGCCUGAAAUACUACAAGAAGUCAAAAACACUACCAAGGGUUCGCAUAAGGGGACAAGCUCUUCACAUGCUGAGCAUGAAUAGUCUGGAACACUUGUGCUGCAAAUAUGCCAAGCCACCACAUGGAAUUCUGGUACAGGAGAUUUGUGAGAUAUCAGCAGAAAAGUGUGGAGGAGUUGUGAUUGGUGAUAUCAUCUCUGAACUUGAUGGGAUUACUCUUUACUCCGCAGCGCAGUUUACAGCGAUUCUUCUAGAUAAAAUGGAGGUUGCAUCGAAUCCACAGAAUACACAGACACUCCAGUUUGCUUCAAUUAUAGAUGGAUACGGUGGAAGCAGCUAUGGUUUCCAUGAGCAGUUGUAG